AUGACAACUCCUAACUCUGUGAACCGGUUAGAGGAGGGCGACGACCCCGGUGGCUUACUUCGUGAUUCCAAAGUUGAAAACCCGCCGACCGAUCAGAAACCCCUCACCGCCUCACAGCAACACCAUGGAGUUGGUCAUGGCCUCCCCACCCUACCGGAAGGUCUACUCCUGAACAGUACACACAAUCAAACCAGGUCGAACGCGAGCUCCAGUCGUCCUUCAGUGUCAUGGCGAGCCAAUACUCUAGCCAACGCUUCCCCAGCGGGCGCAGUGAAUGACCUUGAAACUGACCUUGACGGCGACAAGAGCGGCCACGGCUGUUGUCGCCGUUCUCCCUGUUGCGACCUUCCCCCGGCAGUAGUUCGAGUCCUCUCGUGCAUCUAUGAAAUGACGGCUGGCCCGCUGGCCCACGUCCUCUUCUGGCUUUUAAUUUACGUCAACCUUUUGAUCUUUACGGGGAAAGAGGCCCUGCCGCCAAUGUGCUUCGAGUAUAAACGAAAUGCUACGGCGGCGGUCCAUGCAGGAUUGAGUGCAGCGAAAAAGGCGAAGCCGGUGGCGUUCUGUGAGGGUGGAAAAACGCUAAACAUCCUCAUCUUCUACGCCUUUGCCACUGUGGUUGGAGUAGUGACAGAGCUGAUGCGGUUACCAGGAUUGCUUACCUAUGCUGCCCUCGACCCACCGCCGCAGCCCACCGGGAAACGUCGAAGAGGAGGGCAACUGAAGACUUGGCUCGAAACCGUCCGUCGAGACAUGGAAGUAGUUCUUGGACCUUCUAUCUUCGGUCUCCGACGCUGGAGAAGGGACUGGGUGGAGCUUUCCAAAUCCGCUGCCGCCAAUCGCCACGCAUGGAGAGAUACAGUUCGUGACAUCGUUGAGGCCGGCUAA